CAUCUCGACCACUUCAAUCAUUCUUCACACGUCCACCCUUUGUUUUCAACACCUCAAUUCCUUCAUUUUCUCACUCUAACCUUUUCGCUUGUCACCUUUUGCAUAUUCUCCUGGCUAUAAAAAGUCCCGACUCGAUCCUUGCGCAUGAUUUGCGCCCACCACGCGCCAACACUCUCUCGCCACCCUCAUUCGCAAUAAUCGCCAAACAUGGCUGCAGCCAUCACUACUGUCUCCGAUAGCCGCGAGGUCCGAGGCCUCAAUCUGAUCGCAGCGCAUUCUCAUAUCCGGGGCCUAGGUGUUGACCUGGCCACCCUCGAGCCCCGGGGCACGUCUCAAGGCCUAAUUGGUCAGACAAAAGCUAGGAAAGCUGCGGCGGUGAUACUACAGAUGGUAAAAGAUGGCAAAAUCGCUGGCAAAGCUGUGCUAGUUGCGGGGCCGCCCAGUACUGGGAAAACCGCCCUUGCCAUGGCUAUGGCACAAUCCUUGGGCCCCGACGUUCCCUUUACAAUGCUUGCCGCCUCCGAGAUCUUUUCACUUGAAAUGUCAAAGACAGAAGCCCUCACUCAAGCUUUCCGCAAGUCCAUUGGCGUCAGAAUCAAAGAGGAAAGCGAAAUCAUCGAAGGGGAGGUUGUUGAGAUUCAAAUCGACCGCAGUGUCUCAGGAGGAAACAAGCAGGGCAAAUUGACCAUCAAGACUACCGAUAUGGAAACCAUCUACGACAUGGGCACGAAAAUGAUCGACUCCAUGACCAAGGAAAAGGUCAUGGCUGGCGACGUAAUUUCCAUUGACAAAUCAUCAGGCAAGAUCAGUAAACUCGGUCGCUCCUACACUCGAUCACGAGAUUACGAUGCCAUGGGCGCCGACACCAAGUUCGUUCAAUGCCCCGAAGGCGAACUACAGGUACGCAAAGAAGUCGUUCAUACAGUGAGCCUGCAUGAAAUCGACGUCAUCAACUCUAGAACCCAAGGCUUCCUCGCCUUGUUCUCCGGCGACACGGGUGAAAUCAGGAGCGAGGUUCGCGACCAAAUCAAUACAAAGGUUGGAGAGUGGAAGGAAGAGGGUAAGGCCGACAUUAUCCCCGGCGUUCUUUUCAUCGAUGAAGUCCACAUGCUCGAUAUCGAAUGUUACAGUUAUAUCAACCGUGCAUUGGAAGCCGACCUCGCCCCCAUUGUCAUCAUGGCAAGUAAUCGAGGCCAUACCCGCAUCCGCGGAACCUCAUACCGCUCCCCCCACGGUCUACCACUCGACUUCCUCGACCGUGUCGUUAUCAUUAGCACACAGCCUUAUUCCCCCGAAGAAAUCUCUCAGAUUCUAGCCAUCCGAGCUCAAGAGGAGGAAGUCGAUCUCUCUCCGGACGCACUCGCUCUGCUCGCCAAGAUUGGGCAGGAGUCAGGUCUCAGAUAUGCGAGUAACAUCAUCGCCACUUCGACUUUGCUGUCUCAGAAGCGAAAGGCCAAAGAAGUCAGUAUUGACGACGUGCAAAGAAGCUACCGCCUGUUUUAUGACCCCGCGCGAUCAAUCAAACUAGUCACUGAUUUCGAGAAGCAAUUCAUCAGUGAUAGUGGGGAGGUGAGCUUUGCGGUCAAUGAAAAUGGCACCAACGGCACCAGUGUGACCAAUGGAGCAGGCGUCGUUGGUGAUGCUAUGGACACCAGUGCCGCUUAGGAAGUCAUGAGUAUAUGAAUCAAGCAACGUUUCUCUUGAGUUUGAGGGAAACUAUCUUCAUUUCAAUGGCCUUCGAACCAGCUUGCAAACAAGCCAAAACUGCUGGCUACGAAAUCGACUUUAAUUGCCCGAGGUGCAGCCCAUUGUCGCUCAAGCAGAAUGGUGCCAGACGUACCUUCGGCGCAGUCACCCUCAGCAUGCCAUGCUGGCAUAUGACGUCUUCCAACCUGGCCAGAUCAACCAAGGCCUCAGCAGAUUUCAGGUAAUUCUUUUUCAGAUCGAUCGAUCAGCGUCAGCCUAGAGACAUUUCCAGCGCCGCUCAUACUGAUGUGACUUUAUUCGUCACACCACAGAAUGAAGGCUACAGAAGGUGGACAACAGUAACUUUGCUUCACCAAGCCGGCAGGGGCAAGUGAAUGACGCAAUUUGAAGUCUCGAUGAAGGGUGAAGAAGCACAAUGCUUCAUGGUUGCAGCAUGUCCAAGAUGUGACUGCUGCAGAUUUUCAGGCCUCGGGGUGGGAAAUCAGGCUUUGGUCCUGUCCCAUAAACAGACGAUGUAGUAGAUGCCUCCCAAUCUAUGUUCAAGUACAUGACCAUCGUCGUUAGUUCACAUGUGCCUGAUGCCUUUGCUCGUUGAAAU